UUAAAUCUUUUAAAAUGCUAUAAUUCUAAGUAUAUGAAAUAAUUUAAAAAUGAAGAAAGAACGGACAGGCGAUAAUUGUCGCCCUUUCAAAUUAGCCCAUCAAAUUUUGAGCUUAACUGGCAUCAGUUUUGAAAGACGAAGUAUAAUUGGUUUCGUCGAGUUAACAAUAGUACCCUUGAAAGAUAAUUUGAGAUUUAUUCGUUUGAACGCAAAGCAGUGCCGAAUUUACAGAGUGUGUUUAAAUGAUCAAUAUGAAGCCAAUUUUCAGUACUGUGACCCAUUUCUGGAUAUAUGUCAAGCAGAUCCCAAUACGAGGUCAUUGGAGACUUUUUCACGAUAUCAUCUAUCAGCUGCACAGAAAGUUGAUCCUGAUCAUAAUUCAGGAGAGUUACAUAUCCAAGUUCCUGAUGAUGCAGCACAUUUAGUUGGGGAAGGUAGAGGAUUGAGAAUUGGCAUUGAAUUCUCAUUAGAAUCACCACAGGGUGGUCUGCAUUUUGUUGUACCUGAAGGGGAAGGAACAUUAACUGAGAAAUCGGCACAUAUGUUUACAUAUGGUCACUCUGCUCGGCUUUGGUUUCCCUGCGUUGACAGUUUUGCUGAGCCUUGUACAUGGAAACUGGAGUUCACUGUAGAUGAAUGUUUGACUGCGGUGUCUUGUGGCGAGCUCUUAGAUGUGGUGUACACACCGGACCACAGACGAAAGACAUUCCAUUACAUUGUCAAUACACCAGCAUGUGCUCCUAAUAUUGCACUUGCUAUAGGGCCCUUUGAAACAUAUGUUGAUCCAUUCAUGAAUGAAGUAACACAUUACUGUCUACCACAUUUAUUGCAAAUUCUUAAGAAUACUGUCAGAUAUUUGCAUGAAGCUUUUGAGUUUUAUGAAGAAACUUUAUCUACUAGAUAUCCUUAUCCAUGUUACAAGCAAGUGUUUGUAGAUGAGACAGAAGAUGAUGCAUGCGCAUAUACAACAAUGUCAAUACUUAGCACACAUCUUCUCCAUUCAAUUGCUAUUAUUGACCAAAUAUAUAUUAGCCGGAAGGCAAUGGCACAAGCAGUUGCAGAACAGUUCUUCGGUUGCUUCAUAACAAUGCAAAAUUGGUCCGACUUAUGGCUUGCUAAAGGGAUACCUGAUUAUUUAUGUGGCUUGUAUUCCAAAAAGUGUUUUGGAAAUAAUGAAUACAGAUAUUGGAUUCAUCAGGAAUUGCAAGAGGUUGUGGGCUAUGAAGAACAAUAUGGUGGGAUUGUCCUCGACCCAUGGCAGCCUCCUGCCAGUGGUGCUCGUGUGGAACCAAAGGAUGUUUUCUAUUUCCCUGUUCGCAACGUCCAUACCAUGUCACCACGGUAUAUUGAGGUAAUGCGAAAGAAAUCACAUUUGGUACUACGUAUGUUGGAGCAGCGAAUCGGUCAAGAACUCCUCCUCCAAGUGUUCAACAAACAGCUCUCUUUGGCCACUAAUGCUGCAAACACCAAGAUUGGUAGUGGUCUAUGGGGUCACCUCUUAUUAUCUACCAAUCUGUUCGUUAAAGCUAUAUUUACUGUGACGGGUAAAGACAUGGCCGUGUUCGUGGAUCAGUGGGUCAGGACCAGUGGUCACGCUAAGUUCCAACUCACUUCUUUGUUCAAUCGGAAGAGAAAUACAAUUGAACUAGAAAUACGACAAGACAGUGUACAUGAGCGUGGUAUAAGAAAGUAUGUGGGACCUUUACUGGUUCAACUUCAAGAAUUGGACGGCACAUUUAAGCAUACUCUUCAGAUUGAGAACACAGUUGUGAAGGCAGAUAUAACAUGCCAUAGUAAGAGUAGAAGGAACAAGAAGAAGAAGAUACCUCUGUGUACAGGAGAGGAAGUGGAUAUGGAUCUCUCGGCUAUGGAUGACUCACCAGUACUUUGGAUCCGUUUGGAUCCUGAGAUGUCUCUCUUGAGGUCAACGGUGAUCUCUCAGCCUGACUACCAGUGGCAGUAUCAGUUACGUCACGAGCGUGACGUCACCGCUCAGAGCGAGGCUAUCGACGCAUUGCACGCCUUCCCUGAGCCCGUCACACGGAAAGCACUCACCGAUACAAUAGAGAACGAACAGACAUACUACAAGAUAAGGUGUAGAGCUGCACAUUGCUUGACCAAGGUGGCGAAUGCAAUGAUAAGCUCAUGGGCAGGUCCGCCGGCCAUGUUGACCAUAUUCCGAAAAAUGUUUGGCUCAUUCGCAGCACCUCACAUCAUCAAACAGAAUAAUUUUGACAAUUUGCAGCAUUAUUUCUUACAGAAAACUAUACCUGUUGCUAUGGCUGGUUUAAGAAAUAUUCAUGGUAUAUGUCCUCCGGAAGUGGUCAGGUUUCUUCUUGAUCUGUUUAAGUACAAUGACAACUCGAAGAAUCAUUUCUCUGAUAACUACUAUAGAGCGGCGUUGGUCGACGCGUUGGCGGCAACUAUAACGCCUGUCAUUUCUGUGCUGCAACCUGGUGCUCCAAUAACAGCGGACUCACUAUCAGCGGACACAAAGUUAGUAUUAGAAGAGAUAACACGUAUGUUGAACUUGGAGAAGGUGUUGCCAUGUUACAAGAACACGGUGACGGUGAGUUGUCUGCGCGCGAUACGUCGCCUGCAGCAGUGCGGCCAUCUGCCCAGUAUACCCACCGUGUUCAGAGCGUAUGCGCAGUACGGACAGUAUAUAGAUGUGAGGUUGGCGGCGUUCGAGUGCUUAGUGGACUUUGUGCGUGUGGACGGUCGUGCGGAGGAUCUGGCGUCGCUGCUGACUGCGGUGGAGAGCGACCCCGAGCCCGGCGUGAGGCACGGCCUCGCCCGUCUGCUCGUCACCAUGCCGCCCUUCGAGCGCGCCCAGCGACACCGCCUCGACACUGAGGCGGUCGUGCACAGAUUGUGGAAUAACAUAAACUGUCAGUUGUCGAAUGAUGCGAGACUUCGUUGUGAUCUUGUUGAUCUGUAUUACACAUUGUACGGUCUAAAGAGGCCGGUGUGUGUGCCGCUUGUAGAAAUACAGGCCAUGAUGAAACAGAUGCACCACAAAGAAAGAGAAAGACUGGAGAGAGAAAAAGAUAGAGAAAGAGAAAGGGAAAGAGAACGGGAACGAAUGAGGGAGUUGGAAGCGAAACCGGUCAUCAAGCAAGAAAUAAUUACUGAGGAUAAUAUAAAGAUGGAGAUGGAUGUAGACGGUGCUGUGCCGAUGUCUAUAGACAGCAAGCCUGCCGUCCCGCUGAGAGACGAUGUCCUGCCAGUGCCCUUGUCUAGUAUCAAGGAGGAAGACGACAAGGUUGACGUGGUGUCCGUCCUUGAUAUACCUCUUAGAAAUUACAAUGAGGAGAACAAGCGCGAGUUCAUAUCGGACAAUGCGGUGCCGCUGCCCGGCAUUCCAGGCAGCUCGGGACCAGUCGGCUUCGAGCCAGGCAUGUUCAAACGUGAUAAAGAUCACCAUGAUCUAGCCACACCUAAGGCGAAGAAAAAGAAGAAGGAAAAGAAGAAGCAUAAACAUAAACACAAGCACAAGCACAGCAGCAAAGAUAAAUCAUCAAAAGAUAAAGACAAGUUGUUACUACCGCGACCCCCUUCUACUACAGAACAUCUCAAGAUAAAAGAGGAAACUCGUGAAACACUCAGCUCUUUCAGUUCCAGUCAGAGUCCUUCUGAAGACCCUUCAUCGAUGCCCUCGAAUAUGAGUUUCUAAUUUAAUUAAUUUAAGAAUAAAUCAUUAUAAUAGAUAA